AUGUCAGAGGAUCUUUGUCGAGAAGGAAAAUUAUCUACAGAACAAAUAUUUUCUAGAGUUUUGCAGAAUAUAAAUUCUACUCUUGAAUCCAUAGGCAAAAACAUUGAACAAUUUUAUCUUUCAGAUCUAUCGGUGCCUUCUGAUAAAACUGAUGAUUGUUGCAAAGAUAUGGAAGAUGAGCGCAAUAUUAGAUAUUUCUUUAUUGAUGGACCUGGUGGAACUAGGAAAACCUUUCUAUAUCGAGCAAUCUUGGCUACAAUAAGAACGCACAAUUUGAUCGCUCUAGCAACUACAACUUCAAGAGUUACUGCAUCACUUUUGCUUAAUGGGCGCACUGCGCACUCACGGUUCAAAAUUCCUAUAGAUGUUGAAAGCAAAAUUUGUUGUAAUUUUAGCAAACAGAGUAGCUUGGCAAAACCUUUGAAACUUACUGCACUUAUAAUAUGGGAUGAAGCAUCGAUGGCAAGACGACAAAGUAUUAAAGCACUUGAUGAAUUGCUAAAAGAUGUCAUGGAUAACAAUCUUCUAUUUGGAGGAAAGGUUGUAGUAUUCGGUGGUGACUUUCAUCAAGUGCUACCUAUUGUGCCAAAGAGCACAAUAAAUGAAUGCAUUAAUGCUAUGCUUGUUAUGUCUUACAUUUGGCAUUCAUUAGAGAAGAUUAAAUUGACAGAAAAUAUGCGGGCUAAGCAUGAUCCAGCAUUUAGUAAUUUUUUGCUUUUUAUAGGAAAUGGUAUAGAACAACAGAUAGCUCCUAAAACUAUCAGAAUCCCUAAAGUGAUGCUUCUUCCUUACAAUAAAAACAUUGAUCCACUUCAAGAGCUUAUCACUUUUGCCUUCUCAGAUUUCAAUGAUUAUAAUGAAGAUCCACUUUCAUUGAUGAAUCGGGCUAUCUUGACUCCGAAAAAUGACAAUGUAGAUCACAUCAAUGAAAUAUUGAUAGAAGAAUUCCCUGGAGAUGAACACAUAUAUAACAGCAUUGAUGAGACUAUUGAUAAAAGUCAGCAGAGCCAAUAUAAAGAUUUUUUUAACUCUUUAUCUGCUCCAGAAUUACCACCGCACAAAUUGUUGCUUAAAGAAAACUGCCCCAUUCUUAUGCUUCGUAACAUAAAUCCUUCCAAGGGAUUAUGUAAUGGAACAAGACUCAAUUGUCGCAAAUUUGGAAAACAUGUUAUUCUGGCUCAAAUUGCUGUUGGUGAUCGAAAAAUAGAUAUGGUAUUUUUAGCUUGA